AGGCUGCGCUCAGAGGCUACCCACAGGCACAGCAGUCUGGCUUUCGGCGCAGAAAGUUCCUGGGAAGUCCAAAGAGACAGGCAUUGACUCCAUGCCAAGCCACCUAUUACUGCCCUUGGAUGUGUGCAUCCAACUGCUACAGCAAAAGCUGCCUGCCUGAUGUGUUGCCUGAGAGUGACUUCUGCCAUGAUGCCUCCUCCACUGAUAGGAGCAGACACAAUCUGCAUUUGGUUAUCUCCAUUCUCCUGUGAGGUGUUGCUGACUGCUAUCUUUUGGGAGGAGCAGACCUCCAGCAAGCAGAUAGGCCACUGUCUUGCAAUUUCCCAUAACUGGGAAAACAAACUGGGAAAUAAGUUUCAUUCUCAGUCUGUGCACCUUGGUGAUGUUUCUAGGAGUGGCACAGUCCUGCUGGAGGCUUCAUGGCUGAUGACUGCAUUGGAGCAGCUCUGCUGCAGUUGAUGUGGAGAGUUUUCAUUUGAAACAUGUCCUAAGAGGCUCAGCUCUGAAACUCACUGAUUUUACCCACAUUGUGAUUUCCUCUCCGUGCUGUUUCCUCUUGAUCACUCAUCUCCCAGCCCCACUUUCUGGGGCACUGGGUUUGUUUCGGGUUGUGUUUUUGUUUGUUUGUAUGUGUUUGGUUUUGUUUUGUUUUGUUUUACUGGCUGUAGAGGAGUCCUUGGCUGCUAUGGGCAUGUCUUUCUGUUUGGGCUAACCUGAGUGUUUUGCCUUAUUUUCAAACUUUUGCUGUCAAUAUAUGUGCCCUGGGGGCUUGGAGAACGCUCGCCUGCUUGGAAUCACAUCUUGAGGCAGAUCAUUAGUCCCAGGACUAUUAACAUGCAACAUAACCAGUGGUCAGGGAAGCUUCUUCCCCAGAAGAGUUUGUGGAGAUGAGCUCCAGGUCACAGCACUCAGAAGCGAAGUGUGUAGCUGCUGAAGAGCCGAGCAGAGCGAGGGGAGGACGGUGGCUGCUGCUCAGGCGGGAAUGAGACAGGGAGAGGCCCUGGGAAAAGAGGGCGGUGGAUGCUGGCUGUCUCCCUGGGGAAAAGACACGGGAGCAGAGGGAGCUGGGUGCUCGCCGUCUCCCUGAGAGGCAGUUUCAGGUUUAUCAUUGUCCUGUAGAUUUUGAAGACUCCCAUUGGGUCCCUCAGUCUUGUUUUCUGUAGAAGAAGUGAUUUCUGGUCCACCAGGCAAGGAAGCUGCCUAGUGAGGCCUCCUGGAUCAGGUGGAGAGGCCAGCAGAAGAGGCAGUGUCCCGGAGCCCUGGAUACCUCAAACUCCCUCUCCCUCCGCAGUGGUUUGCACGGGAGCGGAAAGGCGGGAAAAGGCUGCCUGCGCCCGCCCCCCCGCAGGCGUGAGCGGGAGCAAAGGGCCCGCCCGCGGGAGCGCUGCCCGGCAGGUGCCUGCGCCGCACUCGGGCUGGGCAGUGGCUGUGGGCUUGGCGCCUAGGCAGUGGUCACUCGGCUCCUUGUCUGGGAAAGGUAUAAAUAUUGGGGUGCUGCCUGCCCUGGGGCUCCCGCCUUAGAGUUCUCCCCUGCCUGGAUAGCUCCUGCAGAAAGAGUCCCCUGGCACUCCCAAGCACAAGCCCCUGAGGGGACAGGACCCUCCCUGCUGUGGAUGGCUUCCCGCCAUAGCCACCCACUUUUCGCAGGCCUGAUAGGCCUCAAGGAGCCUCGGAUGUCUUUGAAAGAGAGCGAGAGGACAAGCAUCUGGACCACCCUUUCUCUCAGACAGCCUGGCUUACCUAUAACUAGGUGAUUGACCUUUAAGAGUGGCUCCGGAGAUCAAAUGCAAAAUGAGCAGCAGAGGACAGUGCAGAAGACAGAGAGGGCUCUUUGCCUGAGCCACGAGGAUUUGAAGAUGUCUGCGUGCAGUGACUUUGUGGAACACGUUUGGAAGCCUGACUCCUGCAAAAACUGCUUCAACCCAAAGAGUUCCCAUCUGCUGCAAACACCCCUAGACGUGGGAGCUUGUGGGGUGCUCCUGAAUGGAGUUAGGACUAAGCCUGAGAAUCCUGCACUGGAAGACGAAGGUGUAAAUACUUCCCCUUUCUCAAAGCCAACAAUCGCUGUGAAGCCAACUAUGAUAAAUUCAGAUGUUUCUGACACGUGGGCGGAUGUGAAUAUGAAUGCAGAUCUGUCACAGGUCAGCUGGGGCAUGGUUUCUGGCAAACAACUGCUUCUGAAAUCAGGAGAUGCACAGAGGAUCUGCCUUGACAGUUUUGGCAAUGGUGAUGUGAGAAAGCCCUUCCUUCACAACCCGUCCAGCGACUGCUUGUCUUGCUGUCCUCCUAGCUACUCCACGGUGGGUCUGCGCAGCCUUGAGAGUCGAGUGGAGAGAAAUGUCUCCAUCCACAGCCUGAUGCUUGUGGGUGAGGUGGGCAAGCGGGAGGACAGAGCCAAAGACAAGUUUCCCCUGCCACAUUGGGCCCCCUCCCCUAAUCCAUCUUCCCUGGGGGACAGAAACACUGUGAAUGCCAUCAGAAACCCUCCUUCCCAAGCCAGAGAAGGAGUAAUGCUCCCCUUGGAGAGUGACUGCAGUCACCUGUCCUCUGAUUUUGAAAGUGAAGGGGGUGAGUACUGUUCAAUCACUGACUGCCACAGCCAGUGCGCUGUCUCAUGGAAGCCACAUUGUGCAGAGGGGAGGAAUGCCUGGUGCGAGAAGGAGAGCCCAAUUCCCUGUGGAUGGAGGCAGCAGGAUGCUCCUGAGAUUCCCAGGCCAAGUGGCAGAGCAGUCAAGUUUGGUGAAGAGGAACAUAGAACUGUGAAUGUGGCCUUCUGCAUCACGAAAGACCAGGCUGAUCCUCUCUCCUAUGCUUUGUGUUCAGAGAGGAAAAAGCUGACUCUCCACACUAAGACUACUGCCCUCCCUGAGACCAUGGGGAGCAGCAAGGCAACUGCCUUUGCUUUAUCCUGGAAUUCUGAGGACUUGCCUGUUUCUGGAGAGCUCUCUGUUACCAGAGACUUGCAGCCUGAGGGUUUGAGCACCCCUCAGCAGGCUCUUGUGGAGCCACAGCACCUUCACCUUGCUGAGCCAGCCCGCGGUGAUCCCAUCUAUGCCGAGAGCACCAAGAGGAAAAAAGUGCAGCUGAAGGCUGUCAGUGGACAGCCAAAAAUGGAGAAACUGGCCCGUGGUAUUGGCAAGGAGCAAACUGAUGGGAUAAAAAGAGAUGGCAGCUGGACUUUGGGCACUGAGAAGGAAUAUCAGGACUCCACUGGCCAGGUGGCAGCAAAGAUCACUGUAAUGACGGCACACACCGAGGAUGAUCACAAGACAAUAUUCCUCAGCAGCCCUGACUCAGCAGUGGGAGUUCAGUGGCCAUGUAUCAGUCCCACUUCCCACCCUGAUUUUGGGACUUCAGCACCUACCGUUGAACCUGGAGAGAUUUUUCAAGCACCUGGAAGUGAAAGCAGCCCAAGAUUUCCUCUGGCAGCAUCCACUAAGACCUCAGUUACUGAGAGUCCUGCCAUUCCCCCAAAGAUGUCAAAAAACAGCCAGCCAGGCAGUGAGGGGAACCACGUGUCCUCAGUAAGCUCCCAGGCAAGGUUUGGUGAUGACAACAGCCAUGACAGAGCUGCCAUUCAGCUGCCAAAGAGCUGUACUGAUACAAGCACCUUUGGGACAGCUACUUCCCCAUGUGCUCAUAUCAAUGGGGUCCCUGUGAAUGAGGCCAAGAGGAGUUUGGCAAGUGCAUCCUAUGACAGGAGGCAGAAAUACUACACCCCAACAUGGACCAAGCAGUGCCGAAUAGAGGAAGAGGAGGAGGAGGAGCAGGAGGAAGAAUGUGAGCUCUUAGCUCACACAUGGGCAAUGGGAGCUGAGAAUGGAAGAGCUGGUGGUAACCUUGUGGAUGAUGGCCCGAUGGUGGAGAGUCAAACUGGGAUCAGCAAAUCAUCAUCUUUCUCCUUUGAUUACCCUAAAGAUAAGAGCAAUGGUGUGGAGUUUGCACCACCACCACCACCACCAAAGAAGCAGACCAGGAACAUUCUGAAAAUGAACCCAAAUAACACUGAUUUGGAGAGGGUCAGCAACAGCUCUGCUGAAAGCCUCAGCCCACCUUUCAGGAGUGUGCAUGUCAGCUUCACAGCUGGAUCCAGUGACAGCCUUGACUCUGACACACAGACCGGCAGUGAUGGCAGGCAUUCAUCUGAGCCGAACCACUCGCCCCCUCCAGUUGAGAGCCAAGUGUUUCCCUCUGUCCCUUUCCUUCCUGACUCUGGUGAUGACAGUCUCUCCUCUGCUCCCAGCUGCCCUCCCCCUCUACCCCAGAAGAAGACAGUAAGCAGAACGGUGUCCUCCCCAGAUGGCUUUUUUGGGGGACAGGGGUCUUCAAGCAGAGCAGCCGAUGCUGCCAGCCCCAGGCUGAAUGUCAGCCACUCUGAGAGCAAUGUCUGCCUCCGAGAGGAGCCUCCCUUCAUCCGCCUGGGGAGCCGCCCCAGUGCCUUUUCUUCUUCCGAGUCCCUGGAGAAAGGCUCCAAAGGAAAUGGCUACUGGGGCGCAGCCACUGGUAAGAGCACAGGGGCUUGUGUCCCCAGCAGAAACCUCCAGAACCUUUCCUCCUCGCAGCUCAGUGUGUCCAGCCAGGUGUCAUCGGGCUCUAGCCUCCAACUCCACAACCUCCUGAGCAACAUCGACAGCAAGGAGGGGGUGUACACCAAGCUGGGGGCCCUCUAUGCCGAGUCCUUGCGCCGCCUGGUUGCCAAAUGUGAGGACUGCUUCAUGAGGGAGCAGAAGAACGAGCUGCGCUUCAGUGAGAACAACUGGUCGCUUUUCAAGCUGGCGUGUAACAAGCCCUGCUGCGAUUCAGGGGAUGCAAUAUACUACUGUGCCACCUGCUCCAAGGACCCUUCUACCACCUAUGCUGUAAAGAUUUGUAAAACCCAAGAGUCCAAGGUGGCUGCUUCAUAUAGCAGUCCUGCAGUGCCAGUCCAUUUCAACAUCCAGCAGGACUGUGGCCACUUUGUGGCCUCUGUCCCCUCCAGCAUGCUGCUGGCCUCAGAUGUGGGGAAAAGCAUGCCUGGGGAUGGCCACCCCACCCGCACUGCCAGUGAGCAUGACUGUGUGGUGGUCAUUACCCGGGAGGUGCCGAGCCAGACCACUGCUGAUUUUGUCAGGGACUCAGUGACAUUACACCAAGCCAAGCCUGAGCUGUAUGAACGUCGUGUUUGCUUCUUGCUCCUCCAGCUCUGCAAUGGGCUGGAGCAUCUCAAAGAGCAUGGCAUCAUCCAUCGUGACCUGUGUCUAGAGAACCUCUUGCUUGUUCCUUGCAAGCCCCCCAUGAUCUGUGUGAAAGCCAAAGAUGACAAACACCUACCCCGCCUCAUCAUCAGCAAUUUCUUGAAAGCCAAACAGAAGCCAGGAACUGGAGACUCCAGACUGAAGAGGAGUCAGGCCCGGCUGGCUCCGGAGAUUGUAUCGGCUUCUCAGUACAAGAAGUUUGAUGAGUUUCAGACUGGUAUUCUCAUCUAUGAGCUGCUGCAUCAGCCCAACCCCUUUGAGGAGAAAGUUCAUCUCAAGGAGCAGGAGUACAGCCCUGAGGACCUCCCUGCUCUGCCCAGCCUGUCCAUCUACUCCCGGGGGCUCCAGCAGCUGGCCCACCUGCUACUGGAAGCAGAUCCCAUCAAACGUGUGCGGAUCACUGAGGCCAAGCGGAUGCUGCAGUGCCUCCUUUGGGGGCCUCGGAAAGACCUCACCGAGCAGCCCUUCAGCCAUGAGGACGCCCUCUGCCGGGUACUUCAGAACUGGGUGGACAUGAAGCGUGCACUGCUCAUGAUGAAAUUUGCAGAGAGGGCUGUGGACACGGAGCGGAGCAUUGAACUGGAGGACUGGCUCUGCUGCCAGUACCUAGCGUCUGCUGAGCCAGCCUCCCUCUCGCACACAUUGAAACUGCUGCAGCUGCUCUGAUCUUGGCUGUGUCUUGGAGGCAGCUGAGGGCUCCUGGUUCCUGCAGCAAAAGGUGUUGAGCCCCUUUAUACAUGAGAGGCUUGAAUCUCAGCUGCAAAUGCAUGUUCAGUUCCUGCUCCACACUCAGCUCCAGCUGCAUCAAAUGUUUAAUAACCUCAGCAUUGCUGAUUUGGGAGCAGGCAAAACUGGGAACCAACUCCUCUUUGGGGGGAUUUUCUCUUUUUUUUUUUUUUGGUAUGGUAAGUCUAAUGGUGGACUAAUAAACUGUAUGUGUGCAUGUUUCUAAUGAA